AUUCCACGUUAUUCCUAUUCGGUGAAAUUCUUUUGUGUGUCGGGUCUUUUACCCUCUGACCACAGCCCUGGCCGCGUGUCAGUAACUUAGUCACAGUACUUUGACGUCCUUUUUUCGCGCCCUGUCCCCAACCAAUUAAAAAUCUUAAAAUGAAGAUCUUCAAAGACAUUUUUUCCGGUGAUGAGAUGUUCUCGGAUACAUACAAAUUCAAAUUAAUCGAUGGUGUUUUAUAUGAAGUAUACGGUAAAUUGGUCACCCGAAAAUUGGGCGACGUGACGUUGGAUGGCGCCAACCCAUCGGCUGAAGAAGCUGGCGAAGGCACGGAAGAAGCUGUUGAGAGCGGCGUAGACGUAGUGCUCAAUCACCGUCUCAUGGAGACAUAUGCCUUCCCCGACAAAAAGUCGUUUACACUAUACCUAAAAGAAUACAUGAAACGGUUAGUUGACAAGAUGAAUGAAAACGGUAGCACAGAAGUGGAUGUUUUCAAGACCAAUAUCAAUAAAGUAAGUGUACUUAUAUUUUAUUUAUAAUAGGUGUUCAGAAUAUUAAUUACUAUUUCCAUUUAUGUAGGUCAUGAAAGACUUGUUAACGAGAUUCAAAGAUCUGCAAUUCUUCACCGGUGAAAAUAUGGAUAUUGAAAACGGUAUGGUAGCUAUGCUUGAAUAUAGAGAUAUUGGUGAUGACAAUGUACCAGUGUUAAUGUUAUUCAAACAUGGGCUUGAAGAAGAAAAAUUUUAAACAUAAUGUAUUAUUGUAUCUAAUGAUAAUAUGAUGUUCAAUUUAUAUGCUUAAAUAAUCGGCUCCAUCACCUAUUAAGCGAUAUAAAAGUAAUUUUUCAAAACAAAUUUACUGUAUUUUCAUUUAUCCAUACUUAACCAUAAUCAAUUUAAUAAAAUGAAUGUUUGGUUAUUUUUUUUAAUAUAAUCUUACUAAUUUUGUCCAAUGCUAAAUUUUCCUUAAUGGAUUUCAUUUUACAUAUCAAAUUUUAUAAGUAGCUUAUGUUAUUAUGAUUAACAUAAGAAAAAACUGUAUUUUUAAGUUAUGUGUAUAUUGAAUACACAAUAAAGAAAUUAAAGAAUUCAUAGCAAUGUGUAAUGCUAAUAUAGGGAUAACUAUUUUGUCAAUUUCAGAGACAGUUGCUAAUGAUGAUGAUAAAGAAUUGUAUCUUAAAUAAGAUCAAAAUAUGUAUUAAAUAAAUCCAUAUUUAUAAUGUUAACUUUAAUUCAUAUGUGUUAUCUUAUACAUGGUGUAUAAAGGUCAUAAAAAUUCCACAUUUUAGCUUUCCUUAUUCUAAAACAAAGUUUUAGUUUUUGCAAUUAAUAUCUGAUGCUUAAUCUUUGGUUAGAAUUGUUGAUAGUUCAUUUCUAGACAUAAACAGUUGAUACCGCUUAUAAGACUCAUGGUUAAAAGAUUCAGUAUCUUAUAAGACUUAAAAUCAUGAACGGUCUGGACAUCCAAAUACAUUUUAUCUUUACUCUACUUUGUCUAUAUGGUUCAUUUGGUUAGGUACUUGUCUCAAAGUAAGUUUUAUCCGGUGCUCACUGUAUAAAGUAUUUAAUAUUAAAUGGAUUUCUCAUAUGUAUUUGUUAUUUCUGUCUUACAAACACAAGAUAUAGUAGAAAAAUAUUUGCACAGUUUACACAGAACUCUCUUAAUUUUGGUUUCAGAGUAAAGGCAUCUAUUAUGAAAUUAAUAAAGAACAAUAUUCCGGAGAGCAAGACGUUACUUUUUUUUAAAAAAUAUUUUUAAGUUUUAGCAAAUUAAAAGAAAAUGUUGAUAAAGUUGUUAUUUAUAAACUUUAAAUUGACUUAUAUUUGGAGAAAAUGGAAAAACGCAAGAUCUUGCUCUCCGGAUUAGAGUUUUCUUUUGAUUUUAUCUAAAACAAAAAUUGUUCUGUGUAGUCUGCGUAAGAAUGUUUUUGAACAAUAUUAAGCAUUUGUAAGAUGGAAACUACAAAUGCAUGUAUACUGUCCUCUUAAUAUUAAAACUAAUAGGUAUUAAUUUUGUGUAAAAUUUUAAAUAUAUUUUCUACAGUAUAUUUUUACUAUUAAGUUAUUUUUGCAUAUAUUUUUAUUUUUAUUUUAUUCAUAUUAUUAGUUUAUUGCACAAUAUAUUUUAUUAAUACUUUCUUGUAAUAACUUGGUAAUUAAUAGAUUUGAAACUAGAUAUUAAUAAAACCAAAAUGUAAUAUAAAAUAUUUUAUAUUACACAGAUAAUUUUCAAUUGGAACAUGGUAAAUAUAUUAUCAAAAGAUGCAAUAAAUAGGUAUGAUGUACAAUCAUGAUAUGGGUAUAUUAUUUAAAAAUUAUAUAAUUAACAUUAUUUAUCUCCUUGCAACUAUAGAUUAGUUAGCUCUUCGUCUUUAUUUGUAUCAUAAACCUUUUAUAAAUUUCACAUAAUGUAUGUAAUGAUGGGGCAUGGAAUGUAUACCAAUUGAAUAUAAUAAGCAUUGAUUUAUAAUAUUUUAUUAUCUAUUUGUAUACGUUUUGUAGCAGUAUAUGAGAAUGAAGAAACAUGUGAUAUAAAAUCAAAGAUAACAAAAUAUUUAAUUUUAAUUGAAACUGUAAAUUGUGUUAUAAACACACAAAAAAAAAAAAAUUAAACUAAUGAGUUUGUAUCCAGUCAAAUGUAUGUGUGAAAGCUUAUUAUGAGCCAUCAAUUUGGGCAGUGUUCAAAUCUCAUAAUGUAAAGAUACCCUUAUUAAUAGAAUAUAAGAAUAAUAAUUAUUAAACUAAUUAAUGAAUUGAUGUAGAAUAUUAAACAUUGAUUCAGCAGUAAUUACAUUUGAUAGCGUAUAUUUUGUUAAUUGAUAAAUAUAAAUUAAAAUUUUUAUUAUUUUUAAGGUCAUAUAAUGAAAUAUUUUAGUUAAAUUUUCAAAUGCGGAUUAUAGAGAGCAGUGAGAAUUUUUAAACCACAAACUAAUCAUGUUUAAACAUUGUAUUUUAAAAAAAAAUGCUAUUUAUACAAAAUAGAGAAUUAAUAUUUUUAAGAAGUUUGAGACAAUCGUUAGUGAUUUUAUCUCCCGCAAGGCCAUAAUAAUACACCAAUUUUAAUUUCAAAUAUUAAAACUAUUAUUGAAUUCACAAAUCUAAAAUGUAUUUAAUAUAAGUUUUUUACACACAGCAUAUUUUUUUAUUUUAACAAUUUCUAAUUAAUUAUAAACAAUUAAAAUUUCACUAAAUUUUAAGAAAAAAUAAUUUAAUGUUCGUCAUGUGGAAUAAAUGGCUUUCCCCAGCGUUUUUCCCAUAAGGCUAUAUAUUCUUUUUUGCGUUCUUCUCUCUUAGCAAAGUAUUUUGGAUACUGAGCCUUUUCUAAUGGAUGCCAGGCAUCCAAAACCCAGUCUGGAGGGUUACAUUCUCGCUCAAAUGCUGUUCCACCAGGUGAAGAUGGAACUAAACAAUUAAAAAGAAAAAAACUUUUACAGUAUGAAAAAUAAAAUUAUAAAUAUUUAUAAAGAAUAAUAUGACUUUCUACAAAGUGUUGAAAUUGAUUAUAAUCUAUUUAUUAAUACAAAGUAAAUCAUAUAAAAACCUAUGUAUUCAGAGUCAUUGAAGAAAUAUAUUUUAUAUUUUUAACAUUUUAUAUUUUUUUGCACUUGUUUCACUCUCUUUAGGGGCAUAUAGGCCUAUCAGAAAGUUGAAAGUUGGUAGUAUUCUAAAUCACUCAUGAUUAGAUUUCAAACACAUGUAGUACAAGCAAAUUAAGAAAUUGGGUAUAUUGUGAUUUUAUUACCAUUUUUUUUUAUUAUUAUUAUUUUUAGGACGUUGAAACAAUUUCAGAUGAAUUAGAUAAUGUACCUAUGAUUAAUUUCUAAUUUGUAAUGUGUUCAGUUUAUUCAUAAUGAUUUUGUUCUUUGCAGAACAAAAUUAUAUAGAAAAUGAAACAUGUUAUCAAAUAUUAAGAAGAUGUUAAAAAAAAUGUUUAUUUUUUGUUAUUUCAGCAUAAUAGAUUAUAAUUUAUUUAUUAAUACGGAUAUAUAUUCUCCAUAUAAAUUGCUACUUACAUUUUUAAUCACUCAUAUUAGAUGUGAAAGAAGUUUUUCUAAACUAAAGUAUGUAAAGAAUUAUUUGAGAAAUUCAAUGUCUCAAGAAUAUUUUGAAAGUUUCUUAUUAUUAAGUAUUAAAAAAGAUUUGUUAAACAAAAUUUACUCUAAUGAUUUUAUUGAUAAUGUUUAACAGUUAAUUCAAAUAUGAUCCAAAACUUAUUAGGCUAUUUCUAUUAAGUAUUUUUUAUCACCUACAUUAUAUUACUGUGCAAGAUAUGCAUUAAAUUUGUAUUAUUUUUAUACUAUAUAUAGAGUGUUCCACAAAUAUGCACCUUUUGUAAUAUUUUCGGAGAAAAAAAAGAUAAUCAAAUUCUGAUUAAUAAAAAAACUUAAACAAAUAACUUUUUAUUUUAUUAUUUUUGGAAAAUUUUAAGAUAUCCAUUUUAUAGAGUUUAUUUUUCUGAAAAUUUUGAUACAUAAAAUUUUUAUUUUCGUUAAAUUCAUGAUUUUUAAUAAUUUUUAAAGUUCCAAGAAAAGUAUCAAUAAUUAUGUAGCAGGUUGUAAUUACAUUUUUUUCUAAUGAUUAUUAUUAUUAUGAUUAAUUGAUUGCACACUUCUUUUCUCUGAACUUUCAAAAAUUUAAAGAAUACACUCCAUAAUGUGGCUAGCUUCAAAUUUUUUAAAAAUAAUAAAAUAAAGUAUUUUUUUUUAAUUUUUAACAAAACAUAAAAAAUUAAUUGUAACAUAAAUAUUUGUAGUCUUUAUCUCAGUUAGUAAUAGAAAAUACAGAGUUUGAUCAUCUUUAUUAUCUCUGGAGAUAUUAAAAUAGGUAUAUCUUUGUGGGACACUUUGUAUAUAAAUCAAUAAAUAUAAAAAUGUGUUAUUUUCCAAGUAUACUUGAAUUUAGUUCCAGGUAACAUAAAAUAGCCCUAUCUUCUUCUUCUUUUUCAUCCUAUCAGCUCUGUUAUUUUAAGUUGAAGAUACAAAGUAUAAGUUUAAAUACUAUAUUAGCCAUACCACAAACACUCAGAUUUAAUAAAUCUAGAUAUCCCAUUUAGUACUUUGUAAACUAAACUCUUCUCAUUGUAGUAAGAUGGUUGAUUGAUUUAUUAAUAUUUGAAGUUGAUUAAAAAUCUGAACUUAACCUAUCACACUGUUCUCUCAUUCAUAAAUAAUUACAUGUUUUACUAGUUAUUCAUACAUUGGUGAGGAUAAUAAUGUUGAUUAGUCCAUAAUUCUUUUUGUCCUUUCUUCAACAAUUCAUGUGCAGUUGGUACAUCAGUUAUGUUCUUGUUAUCAUCAAAUCGCUUUCUCAUACGGACAAUAAGAAUUCGCAUCAAUGGUCUAGAAUAAAAAUAUAUCAACCAGUUAGUUUAGUUAAUUUAGUUUAAUAAGCUUCUUAUUUUUAAUGCACAGUUAAAACUAGAUAGUAUUAGCUAUAUUUUAUCCGAUAUAACAUUAAAACCAUAAGUUUUGUAAAUAAUUAUACAUUAGUUGUAUAAUAUUUAAUUCUGUUUUGACUUUCAUUAGAAAAUAAACAAUCUUUUAUAAUGAAUAAGAUUAUAUCUUACUAGUCAUAAAUAAUAUUAAACAAUACAGGAACUAUGAAACAUAAAUUUAAUUUAAAAUAAUAUUUGAAUGUCAAUUUCAAUCUCUACAAUAAUAAUAAAAACAAAUUUAAUUUCAGUUUAUGUCCGAAAUUGAUACUUUAUUUUACAAAAUAUAAAUGUUUUAUAAUUUUAUAUUUAAUAUGAAUAUGAUCUUAUUAUUUAAUAAGAUAACUAUUAUAAUAAUUUAGGUAAUCUGGAGUUUUUUUUCAUUAUCAAAAAGAAUCAAAUUUUCAUUACAUUAUUAGAAGUCAAUAUUAUUGUAAACAAAAAUAUUUAUAUUUCCAAAAAUGUAUUACAAUUAUAAUUAUCGAUAUUUAAUAUAACAAUACGUAGAAUUUUUUUUUUACCUGUAAUGAUACCAAUCCUCAAUGGUCCUGCAAGCUCUUUUAUAAAGUGUACAGACUUGUCUUUUGUGAGUAAGAACCUCAAAUGGUAUAUAAGACAUUUUCAGUUCAAAUAGAAUAUCUCAGUAUGUACAAAUAAUAUUAUUAAAACGACGACCGAUUAGUUAACCCUGGAUAUUAUUCUGAAACCUUAAUUUUCCUUUUAUUCUUAUCAAUCUUUAUGUAUUAUAAUCAUUAAUAGUGGAAGAAGAGGGCUUGAUAUUUUGACUUU